AUGGUGGCAGCUUCAACCUACGCGGUCGCGCACCAUCAUGCCCUGCGAAAGGCAAAGUUCCUCUCGCGUCACGUGCUGCAGGGCAUCAGUGAUGCCGAGAAAGCCAUCGUCGCCGAUGCUGAAAAAGGCCGCGCAGCCGAGGCGUCGGAACGCGAGGUGGAAGCAGCUGCGCUGAAAGUCAGAGCUGACACUUGCAUGGAGGUGGUCAAGAUGUGCGAGAAGUGCAACGUACAAGUUGAUGACAUGCUUCGGCAGAUCGGCCAGUGUCUGCGACGCCUUCAACAUGCUAGAUAUGCUCAGUUUGCAGACCUGAAGGUCUGCCAGCAGCGUCUUUACUUGCGGUCAGAUGCUCCUUCGGAGGAGAUGGCCGGCGAUGCUGCGCAGAAUUCUUUGGAAGAGCAACGGGUGUGUAUAAGUGAGGCGAGGAACGAGCUCUUGAACCUUGAGGGCGAAUGCCGGCGGGCCUUAGAGAUGAUUGGACAGCUCAGACUCGACCUCUCCAAGGAGGGUGCCUCUCAGCGACACAGCGCUGAGCGCUGCCGAGCCAUGGUUGCCAUCCUCCUGUCAGUCUCAGCCGACCCAACAGAAGAUGUCGACGUCCCCGAGCCUCGGAAUGCAGAGUUGGGGCAGCGUGCGGAGAUGUUGCUCGCUGCCGCAGCGGAGCUCGCAACCCGCUGUGGCUUGGCUGUGCAGGGCACAGAUGAACGCUGCCGGAGAGCCAAACAGCGGUCCGAGCUGCUGCUCGAGCGAAGGCUGAUGGACACCGAGAAAGCAUCAAAACAGCUGCGGGAACAGGCUUCCGAGGUGGACUUCACCAUAGCGGUGGCAGAAAGAUCCUUGGCGAGGAGCGCGAAGCGCUGUGCCGGCAAGGAGAACCUGGCCAAGGUGGCUAAGAUCGAUGCCACGAGGACGGCGCUGGACCACCUUCGGCAGACACGGCAGGCUUUGAAGAUUCACAUUCAGAACAAGUUCAAAAUGCAGACCAUCGAUGCGUCGUGCCGAAAGGUUACUUCCCAGUCUGCCAGUUCCGUGGAGACACGUCCAGCCACCGCCAGCCUUGCCAGCCAGCGCUCCAUGUCAGCAGCAGGCCCCAGAAGGCCAGCAGAUGACGGCUUUGAGAAGGGAAGGGGCUUGCCGCGGCUUUCUACGGACUCGGCAUGCAGCCUCGUGGUACCGGAAGCCGACGCGCCCUCUGCAGCCAGGUUGAAUCGUCCAAGGUCUGCGGCGACCUACAAAGUGAGAGGUUAG